AUGCUGCUCCGGUCGCUCCUCCGAGCAACCGCCGCCGCAUCACCGUUCAAGCAAUCGCAGUGGCAUCUCACUGUGUGCCGCAGCAUGGCCGCGAAGGCCUCCAAACCUCCCAAUCCCCCUACUAAUAAAGGGAAGAAACCCCAAUCCAAAUUCGAUCCCAGGGACAAGAAACCGGAAGAAAUGCAGGCGGUUAAUCCCGAAUCUUCCGCCAAGGAAGAAGCCGAACUACGCCGGCGCCAGCUGGCGGAGGAUGAGAAGAACCCCGCCCUUGACGUUGGGCCCAACGGCCGCCCUCUAUUCGCAUCCGCUUCCUCUCUCUCUUUGCUCAACAAGGACGACGUCAAUACUUACUUCAAAUUCAGGCAAUACAUUCUUCUGAUAAACUUCAUGGAUGAGUUAAAAAGGUUUUUGCCAGAGGGCCUGCCAUUGGGAAUGAUGAAGGAAUUUGAGGAAUCAUACAGGAGUGCCUUGUUGGUGAGGCAGAGUUUCAUUGAUCUCCGUGAUAAUUUUUGUCAGGCUGCUAAACCUUCCAUUGAGGUUAACUUUAAAGCUCCCAAAGUUAAAAAGCAAAUCGUGUUAGAUGGGCCCUUGAGCUGUGGGAAGAGUAUCGCUCUAGCAAUGCUUGUUUACUGGGCUCGCAAGGAAGGUUGGCUAGUGUUUUAUGUCCCCAAAGGUCGAGAAUGGACACAUGGUGGGUUAUUCUAUAAGAAUCCUCAGACUGGUUUGUGGGAUACCCCUGUGCAGGCGGCAAACAUUCUGCAAUGCGGAGGAGAUCCAUUUUGUUUUUCUUUGGCCUUUAACAUUACAAUUUCUGACGGACAUUUACGAGAAUGUGCUGCUUUCUUGCAGCGGGUUGUUAUUGCGACAGUGGAUUUUUUGAAGUUCAACAAGUCUUGCUUGCAAGGUUUGAAAUGCAACAUACUGGAUCCUAUUCCAUUAGGAGAGGGUGCUGGUGUUGGGUGGCCCAAGGGUAGUGAUAAAAUGCCAAUUUCUGAAGGGACAACUCUCUAUGAGCUUGUUGAGGCUGGUCUAAACGACAGUCAUGCUGCUGUUGGAGUGGUUGUUCGAUUGAGGAAGGAAUUAGCAGAAGUAACAAGUGUUCCUGUUCUUUUUGCAAUUGAUCAAUAUAACAGUUGGUUUACAUUCACUGAUUUUGAGGAACCAGUAACAGUUCGGUCUUGCCGACCUGUUCAUGCUAGAGAACUCGCUACUGCUGUUGUCAUGUGUAUAUUGCAGGUAAACGCGUUUAGGUCUAUGAUGCACGAUGACAUGAUGGUGGGCGCCUUUUCCCAUUCUACUGCUGUGGGGAAAUUGCGUCAAGAGUUGCCUGAUGUUCCUGCUGAUGCUCGAAACUAUUUUCCUCGGUACAGUUUGGAUGAAGCUAAUACUGUCUGCCACUACUAUCUCAGGCAAAGACUUGUGAGACGAGAUGCAUUCACGGAGGCCAACUGGAAGAAAAUUUUCUACUUGUCCAAUGGAAACGGAACAGAGAUGAGACGCCUGGUGCCAUUCAUGCGGUGACCUAAAGAAAAUAAAUGAUUGAAUGCUACUCUAUGUAAUGCACAAGAUGGAGGCCUUCCUUUAUCUUUUAAGAAAAAUAGUUUUGUUUUAAUCUCUAAUGCCCGAGGAACAAUGAAUCUUUAUUUUAAAGGUAUCAUCCAGCAUUUUCUUUUUGUCUGACGAUGAAUAUGAGAAACUACUGGCACUUGCUUGUUUGCAUCAGGCACCUAAAAGUGUUUUAGGCUUCUACUGCGAUUCACAUUUUCUUUUGUUGGGGUUUCCACAAACAAGGUAACUAUCCUUAUUUGGAUUUUGCAAUUUAAUUUUCGAAAUUCAAUAUCUUCAGCUUUGAUGUGCCCAUUUGCGCAUCAAUUAUAUUCAUAAUGCACGUUUCUUGUAAGCCAGAGUUGCACAUUUAUUGUUGCAUUACACCAGAAAACAUAAUACAAAUCACACAAAACAUCACACGAUGAUUAAACAUAACUCAAGAAAGCUCAUCGUAACCACAGCGGCUCAUCAAAUUGGCCCGUCAACUUAUCCUCAUCCCUUAAGCAUAGACGUGAAACACCUUCACUCACCUCAUCACCCGAAAACAAUGGCCUCGGGUGCCAUGCUGGCGUCCCGUUCUCAUACCCAUUCCACGUCAGCCUCCUCAAACCACUCCCAUCCAACCUCACCAAGUACAAAUCCCCGUACGGCUGGAACUGGUUCGGCAACCCCACCGGCUCAGCCGUCACACCCCCCAAAUUCGCGGUGAACAGCAGCCAUUCGCUAUCCUCACUGAAGCAAACGUGGUUCAACCUCUCCCUCUCUUCCUCGACUCCUGCCACCUGGACCCUCGUCACACCCGUGCCGUCCGGCUUCACCAAAUAUAUCCCGAAAGCAUCCGUGUUGUCCUGAUUGUGCCGGUUGGAGGAGAAGGCAAUUAGGUUCCCAUCAGGCGACCAGCUCGGCAUUGUGUCUAUCCACGGCCCUUCUGUAAGCUGGCGGAUUUCCCCCUCCAUCUCGCCUUUAACUGCAUCCACUAUGUACAGAUUCUUGUGGCCCGACCGUCCGGAACGGAACACGAUGGAUUUCCCAUCCGGCGAGCACGAUGGGAAGGCAUUGUUACCUGUGCCUUCUUUCGUGAGAAUUUUGAUUUCCACAGGGCAAUUACCGGAUAGAUGAUGAUGUUUGCGGUCGAACGUGACACGAGCGAUCUGCACAGCUGUAUCCACGGACUCGAAGAUGGGGCCGAUGGAUGUGAAGAUGACAUUGUCGGUAACCGGGCUCCAUGAAUUGCAGAAGGAUGUUCGGUUCUCGAUAAGCGUCCACCUCAUGGAGCCGUCGGAUUUCACGACCUUGAGGCCGGCCAAGUCGUGAUUGAAAGCGAUGAGGUCUCCUGAAGGGGAGAACGCCGGGAAAGAGCCGUUAAGCCUAAACAUGUCGAGAUUUUGAGUUGGACUGGUGAUCGGAUCAAGAUGUGGGAUCGUGGACUCCGAUUCCCCUCUGAACCGAUGGUAGCCGAGGGAAUUGGAUUCGGGUGAAAGGAAAGGAUUGUAGUGGUGGAUAUUAGGGUUUAUACGCUCCGUCACCGGAUGGAAUUUCUGACUAUCCACGUCGAAAAUCUCGAUGUGGCGGUAUUUGCUGCCCUUGCGUCUUGUGGCAACGGCGAGCUUGUUGCCGCCUUGAUGCAUUGCGGCGGGAGUGAAACAAUGGAUGCCCGGCGUUGUGACGCGGACGGGUGCCUGCAAGGCGCUGGUCGAUGCAAAAUUGUUCGGUAAGUCUGCUCUGUAAAUGCUCCACCAACCAUCGUCCGCCAGCUGGUGGAAAUACAGAGACGAGUCUCCGGACCAUGUGGGCCAGCUUCCGCGCUCGCACACCACAACACGCUUCGCAGGAUCUGACUCUUGGAAAACCACUAUAUUCGUUUCGAGAUGGCGGAACUCGCCGCCCCAUGGCCGGGACCCGUAUGAAGCUACAGCAACAAGCUUCCCGGAGCGUGAGACGGCCGGGCUGUAAUCAACGGAGCCGUAGGGCGUCAGCCGCACGGCGGCUUUCUCAUUCCCCUCGCAGAGCUUGGUCGAGUAGAGAGCCGACCAGCUCCGGAACGGCUCGUCGGGCCGCUCGUGAGCCGAAAUGAAAUAGAGCCGGCCGUUUUUCACGACGGGACGGUCGUGAAAGAGGCUUUCCGGCGGGGUAUGGAGUUGUUCGGGGCUACUUUCACCCGCUCGGUUUAAGAAGAUCCGGGCGGAUCCGGUUCUCUCGGAGAUGAAAACGAGGGUCCCGUCCUCAUCCACGAACUGGCCAUUAAAAUUGAUGGAUCGGCCGUCGGUUAGGCGGUGCUCGGGAAAUGGGUCGUCGAAAUUGGAUGGCAGGGUGACGGAGAAAACGUCGAAGCCGUAAUUGGGCCUGCCGACGGAGGAGAAAAUGAUAGUACCGGUGGGUGGAUCCAUAGCACGUGAAAUUUUGCGGUGAGAAAAGUAGAUUGGGAUUGUUUGUAGAUUGUAAUUUAAACGGCGAAAUUGGCGGUGGAGGUGACGGUAAGAGACGGUGGCAUUAAGGAAUUUAUAAGUGAGGCCGCUAAAGGAUAAGUUGAAGACGACAGCAAAAGUGGUGGGGGAAUAGCGUAAGC